AUGCGUGUGUGCUGGCUCGUGGGGAAGGAGCAAUGCAGGCAGCGAGUGAAGCUGCCACACUUGGAAGCUGUGGUCAUUGGGCGUGGCCCAGAGACUGGGAUAACGGAUAGGAAGUGUUCACGGCAGCAAGUGCAGUUAAAAGCAGACUGUAACAAGGGGUACGUCACAGUUAAGCAGAUAGGAGUCAACCCAACUAGUGUUGAUCUCGUGGAUAUUGGCAAGGAUGAAGAGGUGAAAAUGAAGCCAGGGCAAGUUCUGCAUGUUGUGAACAAACUUUACCCCUACACAGUGCAUUUUGCUGACGAGUCAGGGAAAACUGUUACAGAAGGGGAAGAGAAAAUACAGACCUACAAGGUGCCACGUGAAUACUCCUCUGAGGAUGAUGAUGUAGAGUUUGUGCCCAGAAAAACAAUGAAGAUGGAGGUGGUGGAUACCCAGGGCAGUUCUGCAAAUCCCAAGCUAAGCAAUAUCAGUGUGUCUCCACAUGAAGGAACUUCAAGCAAAAAGGAACAUUUAGGACACUGGAGUCAGGGUCUAAAGACCUCCAUGCAAGAUCCAAAAAUGCAGGUUUACAAGGAUGAAAAGACUGUAGUAAUCAAGGAUAAAUAUCCCAAAGCACGUUACCACUGGCUUAUCUUACCAUGGGACCCCAUUUCAAGCCUGAAGUCAGUCACGAGGGACCAUCUUGAACUCCUGGAACAUAUGCAUGCAGUUGGGCAAAAAAUGAUCAAACAGUGCCCGGACAGAGGGAGUCUGGAGUUCAGACUGGGUUACCAUGCUAUCCCCAGUAUGAGUCAGCUACAUUUGCAUGUCAUCAGCCAGGAUUUUGAUUCUCCGGCCCUGAAAACCAAGAAGCACUGGAACUCAUUUACUACAGACUACUUCUUAAACUCUCAAGAUGUGAUAGAGAUGGUAAGAAGCAAGGGAAAAGUGAUGGUGAAAGAUCACAUCUCUGAACUUCUGAAGCAGCCCCUCAGAUGCCAUUGUUGCAAACAACAGCUAUCCACUAUCCCACAGUUAAAAGAACAUCUCAGGAAACACUGGACAAAAUGA